UCCACCUGGAUUGAGAGAGGGGAGAGAGAGACUUGUGUCUGAAUCACCUUCUGCCCAACACUGCAAGACCAGUCUGCCUUCUCCAGCUCAGGUAUCAUGGCUCACUUUGUGGUCCAGUACGAUGUAGUCAUGGAGGAUGUCAUUGGAGAUGUGCAGAUUUGCGAGGGCUAUUUUAUUCAUUACUUUGCCCCCAGAGGCCUCCCUCCUGUCAAGAGAAACAUGGUAUUUGUUAUUGACGUGAGCGGCUCCAUGUUUGGUACUAUGAUCCCACAAACUAACAAGGCCAUGAAUGUGAUCCUUGGUGACCUGCAGGCCGACUACUUCAACAUCAUCACCUUUUCUGAUUCGGUUAGUGUCUAGAAAGCUGGAGGCUCCACCCAGACUACUAUCCAGAAUUAUCCACAGCACCAAGGACUACCUGGCCACAUGGAAGCUGAUGGUUGGACCAACAUCAAAGCAGCUCUGCUAAACCACAGCAACCAGGAGACUGCACGGGGACCCAAUGUGGGGAGGACCCCUCUCAUCACCUUCCUGACAGAUGUGGAGCCCACAGCCAGUGUGAUGACGCCCAGUGUGAUCCUCUCCAACAUCUGACAGGCGCUGGGCAACAGGGUGUCCUUUUUCACUUUGGCCUUUGGGGAUGAGGCUGACUUCCCACUGCAAUGUCACCUAUCCCUGGAGAAACGGGGAGCAGCCCGGUGCAUGCACGAGGACACUGACACAGCCCUACAGCUGGUGGAGGACCUCUCUGAGGAGAUCUCCAUGCCUCUGCUGGCAGACAUGCAUCUGGACUACCUGGGUGGCUUGGUAGGGGCCUCCCCUUGGGCCUUUUCCCCCAAUUACUUUGGCGGCUCAGAGCUGGUGGUUGCAGGACAGGUGCAGGCAAGCAAGCAGGAACUGGGCAUCCAGGGUCAGCUUCUUGUGGCCUGCUACAGCGAGGCAGCCGCCAACAGCAGCCAGAAGAACUUUGGUGUCCCAGGGGAGCCAGCCUACAACAUAGCCCACUCACCUGCUGCCUACCUCUGGGCCUACCUCACCAUUGGAGAGUUGCUGGAGGCAUGCUUCCAGGCCCGUGACACCACCGCUUGCCACCUGCUGGCAGCCAAAGUCCCCAACCUGUCCCUUGAAUAUGUGAACUUUGUCACAUCUCUGACUUUACUGGUCGUGCGGCCCAAGGACGCAAGUGGGAAGGCCAGGAUACAGACUUCCACUGCAGCUGGACCAGGCACCAUCAUGCCCUCACCCACCAGCAGGCAUGGCCUAAGGACAGGCACAACCCAGUCAGCCCUGGUAUCCAGGGUCUCUCCCAAAUCAAGGCUUGUGAAACCAAGGUUCUAGUUAUCCUCAACUACUCCUGCCUCUACAAACAUUAUGCCCAGUUCCAAGGAGUUGGAGCCACUGGGCCAGAGCACUAGUACCCUAUCCACCCCAAGCACACCCAAAGCCAAACAUCCAGCACAACACGAUCCUGGCACUUUGGUUCAACCAAGUCUCAGAACAACAACUGCUACCUUUGUGCCCUCAAAUGCUGGUCCCUUCUUGCUUCUGAAGCCCAGCGUACCAUCACACCAGUAUCCUGGUACCCUACCCAUGAAUUCCAAGACACAAGUCCCACCUCUGAAUCCUGGCACCUUAUCCCAGGCCAAAGCUGGCACUAUCAAACCUGUUAUUCCACUGCACUCCGAACCUGGUGCUCCAUCACAACCCAAACUGGAUGCUCUAUCACACCCCCAACCUGGGGUACUCAUAUCACAGUCACCCAAAAGGCUGCCACAGCCCAAGCCUGGAGUCUCCACACUUCAGAUCCCCAAAUGCCUAUAACACACUAGACCAAAGGUUCCUGCUCACCAGACCCCAAACAAUCUGUCACACCCUAAACCCAGGGUUCUCUCAUGUAACACCUCCAAAAUCCCAUCACCUCUUAAACCUAGUAGCCCACCUCCCCCAAAUUACCCAAGCUUAUCAUUUCCCAAACCUAGGACCCCACUCCCCAAUAAACCCAAAACCCCAUAACCCCCCAAACCUGCCAGACCUGCGUCCCCACCUCUUCAGGAUCCAAGCACAUCCACGAGCACAACCUCAAGUCCCACAAGUCCCAGCAGUACCAUGAUCACUUCUGUCCCUGGAGAACACCUCUCUAUUCCCUUUGACCUCACCCUGAGGAACCUCUGGCAUCAGCAUGACCUGCUUCUGGGGCCCCAAAGCACCACACACAUUCUGGGACCAUCUGUGUCAGAAGACCCAACAGUGAUCCUACCCAGCAGCUCUGGUCUUCUGCUGGAAGGCAGCUGCCCAAACCUGCCAGUCUUGCUGCCUUCUUGCACCCUCCCUGAUGUAGAGAGCCUGCUCCAUCUCCCUGAGGAGCUAGAGCUGUCGCAUGAGUCAGUGGUGGAGUCCGUGUUCAUGGAGUCCUUGAACCCACCAGCUUUCUAUACCUUUCUCCCUCUUGAUGAAGAUGGUGAGUGCCAUGGGCAAGAGGUCAAGCCAUGGCGGCGGGGGGCGGGGGAGGUAUGA